AAAAAAAAAAAAAAAAAAAAAAAUAUACAAAAGAACUUUCAGCAUUUUUUUUUUUUAUAGAUUGAGUACAAUUUUUUGAUCGCAUCUUGUACGCUCUAGACCUUUUACAAUUUCUGUAGUAUAAUGACCAUACGAAGAUACAAGUUACAUCUGAUAAUCCCAACUGUUGUGAUUGUACUUUUUUUCUUGUUUCACGUUUACCGUUUGGACGUUUGGAUAAGCGAAAAAAGUUUUUAUUUGAAACAGUUUUACCAUGACAAUACAGUGGAAUUUGAUGUUAAACCUCCUUCUGUUUCUAACUCUGAUUCGAAUAAUAGACUUAUCAACAAAUUUGAAAGAAACAAAACUAAUACCACAAGACACGGAAAAAAUUCUCCAAAUAAGACUCUUAUAUCAGCCAAAAACAAGUAUAACAAUCAAUACAGACCAUUUGAAAACUAUGGAAAAGAUUUCUCCGUUCGUGAAAAAGAAGCAACAUCUUGGAGUAAAAAAACCGAGAAAUUCAAAGAAUCAAAAAUAUUUGACAAAGAGACUUUUGAGACUACUGGAACCCUCAUCAAACAAACCAAUUUAUUUAAUACACCCACCACUGUUGUUACCUGGCAAAAAACGAGUUCACCGGUUUUAAAUAAAAACAAUAAUGCAUUAGAGAUGCAUAACAUCAAGAAACCUACAAAUAAUACUGCAUAUAUCGCCGAUUUAGCAUCAUAUUUCGAUAUUAACUUACUGGAACCAAAAGUUAAAAAGAUCAAUAACUUCGAUACAGCGUGGUCAAGUUUAUCAGAACAAUGUCCAAAAACGAGUAUUGGAAAUGAGGCUAACGAAAGCAAAUCAGAAUGUUUGCUUUAUACAGAAUAUAUAGACAUUUGCAGUUCUGCAACUAAAUAUUAUAACAAAAAUACAUUCUCUAACGAAAAUAGUAAAUGUCCUCAUAAACCUUUUUCUACUAUUUGCAGUUUUCAAAAUUCUACCCGAUCUGAUGUAACAACUAAUUUGAAUCUUGUUUGCAAUAGUUUUUUAUGCCAAAAAAAUUUAUUUUCUGUUGGAAUAAUAAAUUUAGAUACUGGUAGAAUCAACUACAUAGAAAAUCUAAACUUGACGUCACUCCAUAAAAAUAUAUUUAAAAACAAAGUUAUGUUCGAAAGACACAGGAUGGAGUUUAUUUUUCUUACUUGCAAUGAAAAAAAACGUAAAAUACAUCAAGUACUAAAAAUCCCACCGUUUAUACUUACUUAUCAAAAUAGACAUGAAAUAAAAGUACCCAAUUUGUGGAACAUAAACAUUAUUGUUAUUGACUCAUUAUCAAGACAACACUUUUACAGAACUCUAAAAAAAACUGUUGCAGUCCUUAAUAAAACAAACAACGAUUUAAGUAGAGAUAGUUUUGUCUUUGACUACAAGCUCUUCCAAAGUCUUGCUCAUUUUACCUACGUCAAUAUACAAGCGUUGUUUUCUGGUGAGAAGGUUUCCAAUUUUCCUAAAAAUCGACGAUAUAGCUUUGAAGAGUUUUUUAGUAAGUUCAAAAAUGCAGGUUACCAGACCUUGGCUCAGGAAGACACGUGUUGGUUUGAUGAAUGGGGAAACAUCUUUACAGGUAAUCGAAAAUUUAAAGCAAAAACUAAAUUGGAACACGAAAAUAUCUGGAGUGAAAUAAAAAAUGUAAGUAAAUAUUACGGUGUUGAUAGUUUUGGUUUGACUCAUAUGUCGUGUGAAAUCCUACGCAAAUACAAAAAAACAAACCUUUUUAAUACUAAGAAAGUUAUAUGCUUAAACGGGAAGCCACUUUCUAGUUACUUUAUGGAACAUUUACAUGAGAGAAUAAUGGCUACAAGCACAACACCUAAUUCUAGACCUUUAUUGGCUUACACACAUAUCAAUUUUGCUCACGAAUCCUCUGGUAUUCGCAUAAAAGCAAUUGACAAUGAUCUUGCAAAUCUUGUCCAAAAACUUACUAAAGAGAAACAUACCUUUAGUGUCAUAUUUUCAGAUCACGGGGGUAAAACAACAAAAUAUUCAAUAAAUGAGAUGGCUGGUAGAUUUGAAGUAUAUGAUCCUUUUAUGUUUAUUAUUGUUCCAAAAGAAGUGGCUCAAAAACUUGGUUCUGCAAAAAUGAAUAAUUUAAAGUCUAACCAAAACUCAUUGUGCAACGUUAUAGAUUUACGAAACACAAUUUUACGACUUGUAAACCUUGCAGAUGAAAGCAAGGAAGAUCUACUUAUGAAUAAAAUGUUACAAAGAUCAAGCUGUGAUCAGUUUCAUAUCAGCGAAUAUGCACUUUGUAAAUGCAUAAACAAAAUUGAUUUUCCUGAUCAAAAAGAAAAUAGAGAGUUUGUUAUAUGGUUAGGUGAGUUUGCCAUAGGUAAACUGAACAAUAAACUAACCGAAAGAAAAAAAUUAGCUGCGAAUAGGUGUAUUCACCUAACUGGUAGCCUUAUUCGUAAUGUUAUUCGAAAAGAAAUCCAGUUCGGUUUUGUUUACACAUUUGAUGUAGUUAUAAAGUUUCAAAAUAAAACAAAAGAAAGAUUUUAUUUCAAUGUUUAUUAUAACAAUUUUAGAAAUGAUUCAAUGAAUAUGUUAAUUGUUAAACGUUGGGAUCGGAUUUCUGUUUAUAAUACAUUUGAAAAGUGUCGAGAUUCUAGCAUUCCUAUACAAAUGUGUUUAUGUUCGAAUAAAAACAUCCAAAAAAUUACUAGAGAUUAUAUCAAAGAGUAUAAGCAAUUUGGCAAAACAAGCCAAGUUGAUUAUGUAAAAAAAAAACCCUGUUUAUUAUUAUUAAGGCGGGAACAUAAAAAAGUCUUAAGCUUUGAAUUGCUCAACUCUUGCGAAGAGUUAGUCGAAGUUUCUUGCGCAACUAGUACGAUAUUAUUUAGUUGGCAAGCCGCUGAAGUUUUUCCGAUAGACCUAAAAAUAGCGCCUAAUUCAUUGCAAUAUAUAACAUCUUUUUAUAUGUUGGCUGACAGUGAAGAAACAGUUAAUCUUCAAAUAAAUGUAAACUAAAUUUG